AUGAAGCCGAGUCAUUCGUCAUCGACGGCUCUCCCCAACGAGCUUCUGGCAGAAAUAUUUUCCCUUCUCAGAGUGAAAUGUCUCAUGCGAUUCAAAUGCGUUAACAAAUCUUUCAAUUCUCUCAUCUCGGAUCCUUACUUCAUUCACAUGCAUCUCAACAAAUCACAACGAAACCCUAACCUCACACUAAUUUUGCAACAAAAUUACAAGUUUAGCGAUUGCAAUGUCACAACCUUUCCAAUAUCUGGUAUACUCGAUACUCCGUUAACGACGGUUCAAUUCGAUCAUUACUAUGACUUGAACGAGAAUAACUCUAGUUGGUGGAUUGUUGGUUCAUGCAAUGGAUUGCUCACUUUAAUUGAUACGAGUACUCCACCUUUUAAUUGCGAUUCGCGCAUCUGUUUCUGGAAUCCAGCCACUAGGGCAAAAACCGAAUACUUUUUACCAUCUUCGAAUAUUUCCUUUCAGUUCGCUUUUGGUUAUGAUACUUUAAAUGAAAUCUAUAAGGUGGUAGCAUUUCAUGUAGAGUUGGAUGUGAAACGUCGUAAAACAAAUAUGGUGAAGUUUUGUAAUGCAAGAAGCAUGGUGAAAGUUUUCAGCAUGGGGAAUGAUUCUUGGAGAAAUAUUCAAUCUUUUCCGGCGCUUCCGUUUUAUAGGUUUAAUAAUAAUAGUAUCAACAAUGGUGUGUAUUUGAGUGGUACUAUGAACUGGUUGGCUCUUCGCGAUUACUUUUGUUUCAAUUAUUUGUUUUGUUCGAACGAGGGUAGUAUUGAUCUUGACCAAUUUGUGAUUGUUUCACUUGAUCUCUCCACAGAGACAUAUACUCAAUUUUUGCUACCUCAGAGUUUUGAUAAGGUGCCACGUUUUCCACCCGCGCUUGUGGUUUUGAGGGAUUGUCUUUGUUUCUGUCAUGAUUUUGAGGAAACUUGUUUUGUUAUAUGGCAGAUGAAGGAUUUUGGAGUUCAAGAGUCUUGGAUUCAGUUAUUUAAAAUUAGUUAUACUUAUUUCUUUAAAUGGUUGGAUUUGUUGCCGUUGUAUCUUUCUGAAAAUGGUGAUACAUUGAUAUUGGCAAAUGAUGAGUACGACGAGGCAUUUAUCUAUCACCACAAAAACAAUAGAGUAGAGAAAAUUGAAACUACUGACGAUAUACUGUGGUCACAGAGCAAGAAUUACAUUGAAAGUUUGGUUUCAACUAGUUAA